AUGUCAAAUCCCUCAGCACACCAGAGUAGAUAUUUGGCAUCAAUGGCAUCAAUGGUAACGAAUGGCACAGAGGACCGGUACUAUGACGAUGAUUCUGUCGCCUACAGCAACGCGACAUAUUGGGGCAACGAGAGCACCUCAACUCCCACGACAACAGAGCCCGAAACAGACCCCUACUACAGCAACAAAUGGCUGCUGAUAUUGCCUCGGCUUACCGCUGUCAUCUCCCUCUUUGCCAUUGUAUGUGUGGCUAUUGAAGCCUGGAAGGAUCUUGCUGCCACCAAAAAGACGAGUGCAGGAAUCCGAAGCACGGCACGAAAGAGGGCCUCCACGAUCACACACAUCCAACUGUUCUACCAGAUACCGCUCCUUUGUCAAGCUAUUGUGUUUGCCGUGGGAUCAAGUGCAGCUCCAAAGGGAGAGGUAUGGGGGGCCAUUGGGAACACUGCAACAUGCACAGUACAAGGAUUCCUCCUACAGUUUGGAGUAUAUGCCACCAUUGGCUGGGAUGCUUCCUUGAGUGCUACCUACCUUUUGAUGGUGCGCUACAAAGUCGCAGAGCUACAACUUCAGAGCUGGAAGCAGUACUAUCAUUGGAUCAUUUGGCCCCCCUGUCUGGCCGUCAGCAUCUACCCCUUAUUUGCGUCCAUGUACAACGUCAACGGAACCGUGUGCUGGCUGGAAACCUACCCCAACCACUGUGUUGGGGACGAAUGCAUUAGAGGAGCAGGAGCUCCAAUUUGGCAGACCUUGACAUCCUUCUUGACAAUGUUCCAUCUGUUUUACUCAUUUUCCAUCAUGAUUUGCCUCUAUUGCUCCAUCCGAGGAUUGGAAAAUCAAACUCAGAGAUAUUCCUCCUCGAGCGUAAAUGGAUCAUCGUCAAGACCAGGGAGCUCAGAUAAUGUAAGCACGCAAUGCAGCGUGACUACUGUGACAAGCCGCCGUUGUUCAAGGGCUGUCGGUAUUCAAGGCAUGUUGUAUGCUAGCGGUAUGCUUCUGACGGGCCUGCCAACCCCAAUCUACAUUGUUCUCUGGAAUACGGCGGGACUUUGGAGUGAUGGAUAUGCCAUCUUCGCGACAGCCUUACUCCCCCUAAUGGGCUAUGUGAACUUUGUCAUCUUUAUGCGAAACCGAAGUGUGGCCCAAUGCCACACGCGAUACGCAAAGUUUUUGCGAAGGGCGCACAGUUGGAUCUUUGACUACGAAAUUCACUGCCACUGCCGUUGUUGGCGCAAACCCGACGACGAGGAGGGCCAAUCACCACUGGUUUUUCGAAUACCAACAAUUCACAGUAGGAAGGAACCUGGUCGAACGGAACAGCAUACGAGAACGAUGGCGCCAAUGCCACCUGUAGCCGAGGAUGGUGAUGGCGAUUUAGAAGACGGGGAGAAAGAAGGCGUUCCAGGUCGUUGGACGGGGUUCUUGAUUCUCUGCAAACAAAAGAGCAAAAGGUUUAGUCAUUAUAUAUCUGAGCUGAGCGCAGGGUCGGUAGACGACUCUGAGUUCGAAACAUAUUGCGACAGCGCUCCCUCGAAGCCAGUUCGAACGAGGAGUGAAGCCGAGCGGCCUCCAAUGAGACCAGUGCGAUUUGUCUCGGAAGCACCGGAUCUCGAAACAAUUCAAGAGGCUCGCAGCCAUAACGGUAGCACACCACCCACCAAACCAGUUCGGUACGAGAGUUGCGUCCCUGAUCUUACCGAGGUUGAAGAUGAAGACGAUGAGAGCCGCUUCAACCAGAGCUCAGGCAGCGCAAAGCCGCCCACCAGACCGACGCGAUACGUGAGCGAAGUCGAGCCUCACGAGGAAUAUUCAGAACAUCCAACGGUGCCUUUGCAUUGUGUCAAUCAGACGACUUCUUCCACAACAGUUCGUUUUGUAACAGAUGACAUUGAACGGCCACCAACAAUGCCUGUGCGGUAUAUCAGUGAAGUCGAGUCGCCUCAAAUGCCUGUGCGGUACAUCAGUGAAGUUGAACCACUCGAAGGUGAAGCCCCUCCUAUCAAGCCAAUACGUCUCGUGAGUGAAGCAGAACCGCCUACAAUGCCUGAGCGGUUUGUUAGCGAGGUGGAGACAACGGAACCGGAAGCUUCUCUGAAACCAGUGAUCUUUGGGAAGAAGCUGGGAUCGCCCACAAAGCCUGAGCGGUAUAGGGUGGGGACCGCGGCAUUCAAAGCGGAGGCACCACCCUCGAAGCCAGCGAGGUUUGUGAGUGAAGCGGAGCCGCCCACCAAGCCUAUGCGUUACAUCAGUGAGGUUGAAGCGCCUGAACCUGUGGGUGGUCAACCACCGUCCAAACCAGUUCGGUUUGCGAGUGAGGCGGAGCCCCCCACCAAGCCCAUGCGCUUCAUCAGUGAAGUUGAAGCACCUGAACCUGUGGACGGUCAACCACCGUCCAAACCAGUUCGAUUUGUGAGUGAGGCGGAGCCGCCCACCAAGCCCAUGCGUUACAUCAGUGAAGUUGAAGCACCUGAACAGGCGUGCGGGGCACCGCCUUCUAAGCCAGUACGAUAUGUGAGCGAGGUGGAGGCGCUGGAGGUUUCUCCUACUACCCAACCAAUGCGUUCUGCUCCUUUGUCCAGUAGGGAAGGCUCCUUUUAUUGGGAUCCCACGAAUAACGAUUAUAUUCUAACGGAGUUCGAGGUCUGA